CAGCGAGCAGUCGCGUACCGGCGCUUCGUUGCGAACCUCCCGCCCGCGUCCGUGCGCGCCGCGCCCCGCGCGCCCAGUUCGUGAGGCAGGCCGGGCCCCGCGGCCCCCGCGGCCCCAACAAGUGCAGCAGUGAGCACCUGUGAGCCCGUGCGUGUGUGCGAUACCUCUACGCGGUACCUCUACGCGGUUCCUCUACGCGGUUCCUCUACGCGGUGCCUCUACGCGGUACCUCUACGCGGUGCCUCUACGCGGUACCACUACGCGGUAUCUCUACGCGGUACCUCUACGCGGUACCUGCGCGCGAGUGCGUGUAAAGAAUGCGUCGUGUGGAUCAGUGAUGAAGUGUUAUUGUGGUGGCACGACCAGUGCCAGAUAGCGGGAUUACCUCGUCACCAUGUCUUGGUACCUGCCGCCGGGCCACUCUGGGCCCGGGCAGCAGCAGGGCCUCCCACUAGUGGCCGCCGGUGGCGUCAUGGGUGCCGGUGCCACCAUGGGCGCGAUGGUGCCCGCCAUGGGCGCCCGCCCGGUGCACGACGCCGAGCUGGACGCCCUCUGCAUGGACCACGUCGGCGCCGGCCCGACGACGCCCAGUUCGCGCGACGGGAGGCGGGACAGCGAUGGCGGCUCCGGCGAGCAGUCUUGCCGCGAAGCGCGCAACAAGUCCGAGAAGGCCCGGCGGGACCGGGUGUCCAACUUCAUCAACCAGCUGGUCACCUACCUCCCCAUACUCAAGGGCUACGGCAAGAAGGCGGACAAGAUCACCAUCCUCCGGGUGGGCGCCAACCAGGUCCGCAUGUACAAGACGUCCGAACAAGUGUACCUCGCGCAUGGCGCCGACGUGCCCGCCGAGAUCGGGGAGCCGCUGGAGAACAUGAUCUGCGAGGAGCUGAACGCCUUGUUCUUCGUCGUGAACGCCGCGGCGAAGAUUGUGUACGUGUCCAAGUGCGAGCAACACCUCGGCCACACACAGGUCGAGCUCUUCGGGCAGGACAUGAAGAAGCUCAUCCACAAGGAUGACGUGGAGGCGUUCACGAGCGCCCUGAAGCCGGACGGCGACCCUCAAAGAACGCUGCUCUCCAUUGGCCUGGACGACUCCAGCUCGGACGACACGGGAACCUCGACGAGCAUGUCGUCGGGCCAGAGCAGCCCGCCACCCACGCCCUCUGAGGUGGACGUGCCGCGCCUCAAGUCGGAGCGGCAGAUGAGGAACCUAAGGAUCCGGAUGCAGCAGAAGCCCGUGUCGCGUAGCGACAGCCCUCACUUCAUCAGCAUGGACUUGAAGGGCUUCAUCGAGGUGCCGGCCAAGCUCACUGUGGCCGGGCUCGCGGCCGCGGCCUCGCAGCGUUCGCGCGGCCACCGGAGGAAAAGCACCGACAACGGCCCUGAUGAGGAUGUUGUGUUUUGCUUUCUGGCCAGCAUAGUUGAGCCGGUUGCUCAAAUAACACCUUUCUAUUCGCGGCCCUUAAACAAGUACGAAUAUCGUACUCGACAUGAUUGCAAUGGUCUGAUCAUGCACACUGACGAACGCAUCGCUUUUAUCAGCGGCUGGCUACCAUCGGAAGUCAUUGGGAAGAAUGCUUUCGAGUACAUGGCGCCAGACGACAGAAAGAUUGCAGAUAUUGCACUGCAGUUCAUGAUCGAAAAUAGGCUGAAUGGUGGAAGCGUAUACAGGCUACGCACAGCAGCUGGUGGGUUUGUUCACCUGAGAACACAAGGCUUCCUGGAAGCCAUGGAAGCCAUAAAAGAUGCCCAAAAUUCUUCCGAGGAAGCGAAACAACUACUGACGUUUACAUGCGUCAACUCAUUGAUCGAUGCCAAUGAGUAUAAUGCUGAAAUUAGUGCCUUGAGGAGGAAGUUUGAACCUCAUCUCUUAGCGCAGUUGGCUGGAAGAAGUCGAGCAACAAUCACCGAACUGGACGAAGGUGCUGAUACUUCAAAGCAGGAGGUUGUUCGGAGCUCUACCACAGAUCAUCAUGGAAGGGCAAGUGUCCUCCAGAUGGCUGGUGGUGAUGUUCGGCGAGGACGAAAAAGGAUUACGGAAGGCGACAGCCGAAGCUUUAAUAAGCGAGUCUGCCCCAGUAGUCCUGGAGUGUCUGGGCCCUCUGUACCAUGCGCCAGCGAAGGCUUCAGCGCCCUGCCGAGCGGCCAUGACCUUCAUCACCUCGCCGGAAGUAGCGUUAUCCCCGACGGUGUCCUCGCCUCACCUGGUGGGCAUCUUGCCGUGCUCAACCAGGUCCAGAGCCCCAUUCAUGGACUUGACCAGAUUUUCCCAAACGGAAUCUUGGGCCGGCCAGAUACCAUCGACCAGACUGCGCCGGCCCAGGCAUUUCCGACGGAAAGUUUGACCAAUAAUCUGUUUCCGGAACAAGAUUUUCCAGACACAAUUUCAAUAUUACCUGAGGGGUGUCUAGGUAGUCUGGACACACAGGACAACCCCGUUAACAGUGACCUCCUUCAGCAACAAUACCAACUUGGCGAUAGCCUGGAAGCUCAACAGCAAGCAAUGUCGCAUCAGCAACAAAUGCUGGAUAAUAUUCCACAAAGUUAUCCCGGCCUGAAAGUGAUGAAAAAAGAACUAAACAAAGUUAAAGAAGAGCACCAAAAACAAGAGAGAAGGUUUCAGGAACUGCACCAAACAACAAUUCAACACACUCAAAAUUUAGGGAGUGUAAAUACUUAACUGUUUUCAUGUUCUUUUAAGAAAGAUCAAAUAUCUCCUUGCCGUACACCCAGGAAAACUUUGCACCAAUGUAAAUAAUCCUUUUUAAAAAAUUUAGUUAAUUAUUUUAGGUUAUUUCCAAAGCUGUUGCAUAUUUAAAUUAUCCUUCAUAUUCCUGACUUCUUUUCUUUGAAGAGCAGGCCUAUCAUCUUUGCAUGAUAUUGCUCACAAAAUACCCAUAAAUUUGUAUAAAUUUUAACUGUACAUGAAAAUGUCUAUCUGUCAACUGUAUGUGUACCUAUAUACCUACCUAUUUGUUAGUGCCUAUUACAUGUAUAAAUGUAUAUUUGUCUGUAUAUAUAUUUUUUAUUGUAAAAAAGAUGUUGUGGAUUAAGAUUUUAAGUGAUGUUGUCUGGUUAUUCCGCUACCAUACUAUUUAUCAAUUGAUUGUCUGCACCAGAGCACAACAGCUGUAAUGAAUUUGGAUUGAUUUUCAAAGUAGUAGUGUAUGAGAAAUCUUUGAAUUAAUGUUUUGAAUUUAGCGAGCGUGACCACACAUACUGUUCCCGCAGAUUGCCCAUGCAGGCAACUUGUCUUUGGGCAUUGUGUUAUUAGUGGUCUCUGCAAGCAUCGACCAAGUAUGUGUGAACAGUACUGCAGCCAACACAUUAUGUGUGCUGAAGCAAACAGGUCAAAUAUUGCAUGACGGCUUUUUUUCUAAUUCGGUCUGUCAUUAAGAUCUAAACUACUCUGAGCCUGUGUUAUUGAAGUAUUGUGGGUUUUUUUUUGUGGAUGUUAUAAAUUAAUUGUAAAGUAUGGGUUGUCAAUUACAAAUUAGUGUUGUUAAGUCAAAAGUGCAUGUUGGAACAUUUGUUGAGCUCUCUGAUGCUUUUUAUUUUUUUUGUGCGUAGUCAAUUCUUUGGUCUAAUUGAUGUCUGAAUUAUUUCUGUUAUUUGGUUUGUUGUUUUUUGGUUUUAAACUGAAAACCUUUAGAAUGUUACAAAAAUAUGGAUAAGGGUGAUACUUGUAUCUGAUCUUACUGCUCUGAUUUGAUUGGGACCAACACUACGCAUUUAUUCUUUUUUUGGAUAAAAGCAGUGGGAGCUCAACAUUUGUGCCUGUGCUACUGGCUGUUUGAAAAUCCAUUAGAGUAGUGGCUGAUCUGGACAUUGGUAAAAUCCUCCAUGAACAAUAUUUCGCAUGUAAAAGAUCAUUCUGUUUAGACUAUGGGGUGAGAAACAAUGUCUACUAUAUCAAAGUACCAUUGUAAACCACAUACUUUGUUAAAGAGGGCUUUUUCACUCUAUUUAAUGCUAGAAAGUUUUUGAUUUAUGUUGUAUUCCUCCCCUAACAGUCUUUUUUAAAUCACUCUCUGCAGUCAAUAAGUUGUAAAUUCUGAAAACCCUGAAAAUUUGCUUGCCAUCUCAGUUUGAGACGCUUGGUAUCUGUUAUACAGGAAAAGAUUAUGCCCGUUAUUUGGCAGACUGAAUCAAGACUGAAAAGUGGGUAAUGAAGUUUUCCUUGAGGAAUAUUUUGUUGGACUGUCUGCUUGUUUCUUUGUUUCUUUUUAAUUUCUGGAACUUUUUUAAACAGUUAAACAGAGGUGUGACUAAAAUAGGCUUCUUUAAAAUUCACCUGAUUCACACAUCUAACUUUACUUGGAAAGAAAAAGAAUUCAGGAAAGUAGCACCAUACAGGGUCACUCAUUGAUUAACCUCAGGUUAAUCUAUAUAAUGUAGGUAAUACGUGCCAAGAAAAAAUUCUUGUGAGAGUGUACCCUUAUCUUCCCGAACUCUGAAAUGCAACUGACUUAAAACCAAAAACAUUUCAUUUGAAUUCUUCAUACCUGAACUUCACCAUCGUGUACUGCUCACAGCCAAUGAACUGCUUCUUGCUAACUUUGAUUUUGAAAAGUAUAAAAUUGAAUUCCUAUUCAUCCAAUCUUCUGUUGCUAAGACAAAAUCAGGUCUAAGAAUUGUUAAUACAUUUUGUGUGUAGCAAUGUAUAUAUUUUUUGUAAAUCAUAAGUGUGUGUGUUUGCCUGUGAGAUUGUGUAUAUGUGCAUAAGAGAGAAUGAGACCUAGAUGUAUGUUAUGUGUGCAUGUUAUUCACUUUAUAUAAAUGAACUUACAUGUUUGGUGUGCAAAGAAGUUCAGAACCUGAUAUUGCUCAUCCUUGUUAUAAUUUUUAUUACGAUAUAGACUUGUACCUGUUAUUGAUUGAUUGAGGAAAUGGCUUAAGUGAAUGGUUUUCAUGCUGUUUGCAAUCAGGCCAAAAGGUAUAUCUUUGUCCUUUUAGUCCUCCGUCAUUUUCUUGUUUAUGCUAAUUUUUUAAUUUAUGCUGUUGUACUGGUUUUACUGAAUUUAGUAUGUAUCAGAGCAUAACAGCCAAGAAUGGUCAGUGUUCUGAUAUAGAAAUACUAAAUGAAAAUUGAACUCUCGAUUUAUGACGAGACCAAAUUUGCAGUUCUUUGGACCUUAUAGUAGAUUAUUUACUGUAAAAGGUGGAAGAAAUUGAUGCUAAUGUUGUUCAAUAGAAAGAAGCUGUUGUUAUUUCCUAAAUCAGGGAAAUCUCCAAUUCAUGGUUAAAUUGUUUUUAUUGAUUUUUUUUUUUAGAUGCUAUGAAUUAUAAUUGUUAUUGAAUGGAGCAUUAUUAAAAUGUUCCUUCAGUUUGUUAUAUUUGCUUUCCCCCGUCUAAAGGCUAAGAUUGAACUCUUACACUGGGGCUUUUCACUUAUCUGCACUUCGAUCCUGUACUUGUGUUGUAUUCAGCAUUUUUCUCGUUUUAAUAUUUUGCUUAAACCCAGUUUAUCUCUUUCCCAACACUUUAAAGCAAGGAAUUUAAAAUUUUAAAAUCUGAAUCACAGUUUAUAUCUCUAAUAUGAAUUCAGUGAUUAUAGACUUGUACACAGUGUUAUUCCUCCCGACUCCAUGAAAUACAAAGUUUUUACAUUUCUGAAAGGAAAAAAAAAUGUGUAGGGGUCUACUUAAACUCCUCAUACUUUUAUCUUGAUGUCUGUAUUGUUAUUAGUACAUCUUUGUGUACAAACUGAACAGAGAACUAAACUUCGAUUUUGUGAGAAUGAAGUAAAGAAAGAAUGAUGAUUGAGCCAUAAUCUCCGUAAAAAUAAACCAAAUGAACUAGUCGUAUAAAAAAAAAUAAAAGAAUAGUUGUCUCUUUGUAGUUGGUUUUUAUCCACUUACAUAGUGUCUUUAAAAAAUGUUGUAUUUAUUCUGAGGUGAUUGAUCUUCUUUGAAUUGAAUAGGAAGAUGCUGGAACUCAAAUUUGGAAUGAAUCUUUUAACAACUUUUGUCAGAAGAAAAUAAGAAACUAUUGUCUGCAAAUUUAUUGCAAGUGAUGCUGCUAAAAUUAUAAGAGAAAUUAAAUUACUGUUUUUCAUAAUGACUGAAAUCCUGUUUCAUCCGUUACUUAUGUUGUAGGAUUUUAUGCAAUCUGCUUUUUUAACUGUUGCUUGUAAAACCAAUGAAGUCAGUUUGUAAAAGGGUUGACCUUGCCAUUGAAUUUAUUCAACCAACACAAAGUGAAAAUGAUUUUUGUUACAUUAGGUUUUACCUACCUAUUUACUUUUAUUUUUGUUUCAAUUUUCCAUCUUUAUGCAAUAGAAAUGAGGAUUUGGAUAUUAAUCCUUACAACUGAGGUUGUAUUCCCUCUUCUCCAUUAGUUUUACAUCUGCAACAUGCCAGUUAUUUGAUGUGGAAAUUCUUAUUGGUAAAUCUUUUACAAACUGAGAAAUGUUGAUCUAAUUUGGAAAGUGCUCAUAUGGGAUUUUUUUAUGACAAAAUUGUUUUUUUUUUUGUUUUGUUUUUUUUAAUUCAAGACAUGUACCUACCUAUCUGUGUAAUUGAAACUCUGUUAUGGCAAUUUGCUUAAAUAUUGGUUUUCAGGUUCUCAUUUGUCUCAUUCAUAAAGUCAGUUUGAAAGGGAGAAUGUGUGUUUGUGUGAAAAUGGUUUAAGUAUGAUUGAUGUACUGUAAAUGCAUGUAUAAAUUCAUGCCUGAGUUAAUGGAGAAAGGUUGCAAGACUGAACAAUAAAAUAGAAGUGUGGAAAUAUUAUAAAUUGUAUCAUUAUGUAUAUUGAAUAAUAUACUUGUCCUUUGUAAAUAAAAUGAAUAUGUCUCA